AUGUCUCGAGCAGCAAAACUCACGUUUGGAAUCACGUCGGCUCUCACCAUCGGCACCAUUACAUAUGUGCAUUUCGACCAGAGGUGGGCCCAGGAGGCUCUCCGACAGGGCCCUAUUAACGACAUGGAGCGAGUCAAGCAGCACCGAGAGGACAAGCAGCGACGGUUUGACGCCAUGAACGACGACGAAAAGGCCGAGUUUCUGCGUAAGGAAAAGGUGCGAAAGGAGUUGCUCGCAGAGCACGAUAUGCAGCUCAAGCUGAAGGAGCAGUACGAGAAGGUGCAGCCGUUGUCUAAGAGCUAA